AUGGCGGCGAGUCAGGGAGGUGGUGGUAACAGUGGGGGCGGCGGUUGUGGGGGAGGUGGAAGUAGCAGUGGAGGUGGCGCGGCCGGAGGGGGAGGUGGCGCGGCCGGAGGGGGAGGUGGCGGCGGCGGCGGCGGGACCCUGCCAGUGCCCAUCCCGGUGCCGACUCUUUUCGGUCAGCCGUUCCCCAACGGGCCACAGUGGAACCCAGGGAGCCUGCAGCCUCAACACACAGUGAGGAGCCUGGACCGGGCCCUGGAGGAGGCGGGCAACUCCGGCAUCCUGAGCCUAAGUGGCAGGAAACUCCGAGACUUCCCGGGCAGUGGCUACGACCUGACCGACACCACCCAAGCAGGUGACAGGACGGGGGGAGGGGAAGCUGGUGCUGGGUACAUAGAGCACACAAGCUUGCAGCUUAGUCUGCUUGGGGUACAGUGCAGCAAGUGGCUGCAGCUCAAGCUAACUGGGUGGGUGGGGACCAGCAGAGGAGGUGUCCCUACCCAUCAGGUCGGUGUGGAUGGGCGGGCUCAACCCUCGUCACUGGAGAGUCGAAAUCUUUUGUCAACACUGCCAAAAUACCUGUUUGAUCUCCCCCUUAAAGUUUUGGUUGUCAGUAAUAAUAAACUGGUAUCCAUUCCAGAAGAAAUUGGGAAAUUGAAAGAUUUAAUGGAAUUGGAUAUUAGUUGCAAUGAGAUUCAGGUCCUUCCCCAACAAAUGGGAAAAUUACAUUCACUUAGAGAGCUAAACAUAAGAAGAAAUAAUCUUCACGUGUUGCCAGAUGAAUUAGGAGAUCUUCCCUUAGUCAAGCUGGAUUUCUCUUGUAACAAAGUGAUUGAGAUUCCAGUUUGUUACAGGAAGUUGCAUCAUUUACAAGUAAUAAUUUUGGAUAACAAUCCACUACAGGUACCACCAGCACAGAUAUGUUUAAAGGGUAAAGUGCACAUAUUUAAGUACCUAAAUAUCCAAGCAUGUUGCAGAAUGGAUAAGAAACCAGAUUCCCUGGAUCUUCCAUCACUGAGUAAGAGAAUGCCCUCCCAACCUCUCACAGACAGUAUGGAAGAUUUUUAUCCUAAUAAAAACCAUGGUCCUGACUCUGGAAUUGGAAGUGAUAAUGGAGAGAAACGAUUAUCUACAACGGAACCAUCAGAUGAUGACACAAUCAGCCUUCACUCUCAAGUCUCAGAAUCAAAUAAAGAGCAGACAUCAAGAAAUGACAGUCAUUCAAUAGGAAGUAAACCUGAUUCUCAGAAAGACCAGGAGGUGUAUGAUUUUAUUGACCCCAACACAGAAGAUGUAAUAGUUCCUGAAGAAGGAGAUGUACAUAAUGGAUCAUUUGUAUCUUUUCUUAAGGGAAAAGAAAAAUGUCCUGAAAAAUCUCAGAAAAAUGAAGAACUGGGAGAUGAAAAAAGGAUUCUUAAUCAUUCAACUUCUGUCACAAGAAACAAGCCAAAACAAACUGUGGAUGGCGAAAAGAGUGUCUUAGCAGAUGAAGUAAAUUCACCAUUAUCACCCCUCACAUGGCAGUAUAAAUCAUCAAGGAAGAGUUCGAGCGGCAAUGAAAACGAUGAGCAAGACAGUGAUAAUGCUAAUAUGUCACCACACUCUCCAGUAUCAUCUGAGGAAUAUGACAGAACUGAUGGUUUUUCACCUGGUCCCUUUGGCUUGAAGCCUAGAUCAGCUUUUAGCCGCUCAUCUCGCCAGGAAUAUGGAGCAGCAGAUCCUGGAUUUACAAUGAGAAGAAAGAUGGAGCAUUUACGGGAAGAAAGAGAGCAAAUACGACAACUUCGAAAUAAUCUUGAGUCCAGGUUAAAAGUAAUUUUGCCUGAUGACAUUGGAGCUGCACUGAUGGAUGGGGUUGUCCUUUGCCAUUUAGCCAAUCAUAUAAGGCCACGAUCAGUAGCUAGUAUUCAUGUACCAUCACCAGCAGUGCCUAAACUGAGCAUGGCAAAAUGUCGAAGAAAUGUAGAAAAUUUUCUUGAUGCCUGUAAAAAGCUGGGCGUCUCACAGGACAGACUGUGUUUACCUCAUCAUAUUUUGGAAGAACGAGGUCUUGUGAAAGUUGGUGUCACAGUCCAGGCUCUUCUUGAAUUACCUACAACCAAGGCAUCUCAGUUGUCUAUGGCUUGA